AUGGCGCGCCUCGGGACCGGGGCCGGGAGGUGGGGGCUGGCGGCGGCGAUCGCGCUGCUCUGCCUCAUGCCCCCGGCGGCGGGCGCCGUCCAAGGGAGGAGCCUGCUUCAGCAGAACGCCAGCACGAUACUUUUGACGGAGGGCAACGCCACGGGGAUUGUUGACGAGAUCGCGGGACUCGGGGAUGGCUCCGUCGUCGUGCUGGACGUGGAGAGCCUCACGCUGGAGGGCCCGCUGCAGAUUGCCGCAAACUUGACCAUCAGGGGGGCGUCGCCGGGCGCGAGGCCUGUCAUAAACUGCAGCCCGAAGGGCAAGAAGGGCAAAUUUGAGACUGCUUUUGAAGUGACGGCAAACAUUACUAUGGAGGAUCUUGUGAUCAAGCAGUGUGGUAAUCCGGCGGUGACACUCCAACCAAGUGAGGAUGCUGAACCAGGCACAGCGUUGUCAGCCAUAUUUAGGAGGGUGGCCUUUGAGGAUACCGUACUCUCCAACAAGGACAAGCGCGUAGGAAGUGAUAUACUCUCCGGGGGCGCCAUAGGCAUCCUGGGUGGUUUCAACAUAGUUGUGGAAGGCUGCAGUUUCACAAACAACACUGGUACAUCUGGGGCAGCGAUGUCUGUCUUCGGGUCAAACUUGACGAUUGUCAACUCGUCUUUCGUUGGAAACAAGCUGGACAGCAGCGAGGGCGUUGGUAGUGGCGCUGCAAUUGUGAUAAAGGGCUCCAGAACGUUUGAGAACUUCCUGAUUGUGGAGGGAUGCAAUUUUACUGACAACAGUGAUCUGGAUGGCGACAGCGGCGACCCUUUAAAGGCCCUCACAAAUGGCUCCCCACUGGAGGCCACGCAGUUCAUAAGAUUCUUCCCACCCACGGUGACAGGAGGCGCCCUGAGCAUUGAGGGUAUCAGCAGUGCCACAGUGACUGGGUCUAGAUUUGGGAGGAACAGGGCCACCCCAGCAGGAGGUGCCAUUUCAGUCUGGGAUGCUGACAGUCUGGAAGUGAUUGGCUGUGACUUUUUUGACAACAAGGCUCGGGCAACCGACAGUGUCGACACUGGGCUCAGCAGGAACGCACAAGGUGGUGCUCUGUACGUACAGUUGAGGGCGGCUGACUCUUCCUUCAGCCUUGAGGGGAGCAAUUUUACCAACAACUCUGCUGGGUAUGGGGGCGCCAUCCAUUUCGUUGGGCAUGCGGAAGCCAAAAUGAAGGCCGAGAUGGUCCUGUUCGAGGGAAACAGGGCGAGGUUUGGGGGUGGGGCCAUUUUGUUGCGAAAUGCCAUAAGCGAAUUCAGCAGCACGAUUUUCCAGAACAACAUUGGUGGCUUUGGAGGGGGAGUCAUGCUUGCAAAUGGAGCGACGUUGCGUCUUACUGGAUUGUGCAGCCGUGAGGACAUGAGGUUCACAGGCAACGUGGCAGUCACUGGAGGUGCCAUCGCUGCUCGCGGAGCUGGUGUCAUGGAGGUGUCGGACGUUGCGUUUGCCAACAACCAUGCACUCGAAUCUGGUGGGGCAGUAGCACUCGUGGAGGGGACAAUCACCACACAGAUGACCAUUGAAAAUCCAAUUGUGCUGAACAACAGUGCUACGAGGGGCGGUGGCAUUUUUGUCGACAGCAUCGGAAAGUUCAGCAUCCGGCCUAGCAGCUUAUGCCCAGGCAGUGUCAACACCAAUGUGGCCAUGUACGGUGGUGGCCUCAUGAUCCGUGCACAGAGCCGGACAAAGAAUGACAUCGCCUUGAACGGCAUAAGUUUCAUUGGAAAUGCGGCAGUGCCAGACCUCAAGAAUCCCAAACUGGUGCGAAGGGCCCAGGUCGAUUAUUAUCAGUCGGUUGCAGGUGCAGAUAACUACGAGGCGCUUCAGGGGGUGAUUGCGAAUCGAACGGCCAAGCUGAAGGUGCUGCAGAGCCAGGGGAAGAUAUCAUUGGUUGACAUCACCAUCGAGAAUGGCGCCUCAGGGGGCACUGAUAUGCCGAAUCGUGGGGGAGGAGGCGGUGCACUGCUGGAGCUCGGUCAGGGCACCACGCAGAGCGGUGUCAGUGCCAGGCUGCAGGAUGUUCAAUUUGAGAAGAAUUUUGGCAAGCUGGGAGGUGGCUUGAUGGCGAUCGUGGAUGGCCCUGAAUGGGCUGCCAAAUGCGAGUCCCAAGCAGCAGCAUGCCGGGCCUUCCUGCUGGAAAAUGUCACCUUCACACAGGAUGGGGCGCUCUCCACUGCAGGGGGCUUGUUCGCCUCCGACCCCCGCAAUGUCUUUGUCGACGAAGAAAACCAAACACUGGUAGAUUUCUUCCAGCGCAACGACGUGACCAGCCCUGGCGAUGGGCCUGUGGCCUUCUUCAACAACUCAGUGAAUCAGGGGGGCUUUGGAGCAGAUUCAGCCUCCUUUGCCAGUCACCUUGUUCUGAAGGCACCCUUGUUGACGAAUGUGACAAUCGACAACAGGGUCGUUCAGCUACUAGACACGGGCAAGCUGAACCACAACAGCACUGACCCUUUGCCCAACUUUGUGCUAGAGGUCAAGGAUUCAUUCAACCAGACGAUCACCUCUGGAACACAGGAU